AGUAGCUGGUAGGAGGCUGUUCUCUCCAAUGUGCAGAACCAACUUUUAGCAACGUAGUUACCAGGAAAGACAGAUGGACAAAAUUCAGCAAGUGGAGAAGAAAUCCGGCGUUCCGUUGGAAGUAGCGCUGGAUACAGCAGGAAGUGGUCUGUAUACUUGGUAUGUCGUAAUAACAUCAGGACUGAUUGGCUUCGCUGCUGUGCUGAGCAUCCAAGGUAUGGCAUUCGCGAUGCCUUUGGCAGGCUGCGAACUGGAGCUGUCUUAUACAACCAGGGGAAUAAUGACUUCAAUGGGCUUCAAUGGCAUGCUGGUGUCGGCACAGUUCUUUGGGUUCCUGGCAGAUAAUUUUGGAAGAAAACGAGUUAUGAUGUUCACCCAGGCGGCAACUAUGGUGGUCACUGUGCUAUGGAGCUUUGCUCCAAACACGACAGCUUUGGGCAUUAUACUAUUUUUCAAUGGAAUCUUUUUGACCGGAACAUUUACAUCUGCAUAUGUUUAUGUUGGAGAAUUUUGUCCAUCUGAUACAAGAUCUAAGGGCCUUCUGAUUAUGACAGCAAUGAUGUCAACUUGUAAUAUUUACCUACCAGCUAUGGCAUGGGUAAUUCUUCCAUUAGAUCUGUACAUACCCGUCAUUGGAGAUUUUGUAUUCACAUCAUGGCGUCUUUAUAUCAUACUGAUAACGGUCCCGCUUGCCCUAGCUAUGCUUCUUCUGUCUAAACUACCAGAAACUCCUAAGUUCUUAUAUGUCAUGGGAAAACAUGAAGAGACUCUUGAAAUAAUUAGAACUAUUUAUGCAGUUAACCAGAAAAAAAAUAAGGAUGAAUUUCCGAUAUCAAGUCUAUGUCAGAAUUCUGAAGAUGAAAUCAGUAGCAAAGUUGCAACCGAUGGUAACCAAUUUAUAAACUAUUUUAACAAAAUGAUGAGAGACAUUGCUGUUUUAUUCACAAAGAAAUACGUAUUUUUCACUCUGGUGUCUUGUUUUUUGCUCUUCAGUUUAGUUGGAUCAUGCAACGCCUCAAUUAUGUGGUUCCCACAAGAGACUGGUAGGAUAAUGAAGCACUACCAAUCAAACGAUAUAUUCAAUGUAACACUUUGUGAUCUCAUGGAAGGCAUUGGUUCGGCACAGAGUGACUGCAAUAUAAAUUAUGAUUUCAUGUAUGCUGGCAUCCUUCUUGGAAUAUCUGAAGCUAUCACAUGUGUUAUUGUCGGCCUAUGGGGCUUAAAACUAGACAGAAAAAUAUUAAUAUGUAUCUGUUCAUUUUUAACAGCAGCAAUAUGCUUUCUGACAGUCUUCUUGACAUCACAAUACCUCAUAAUAUUAUGUCUUGCUUCUAUAAUUGUUUUACUGUUCACGAUGUUUCCUGUAAUUAUCAGCAUUGUAGUUGAAUUAUUUCCAACACAAUUAAGAUCGACCGCUGCUUCCCUAACGAUGACCUCCUCAAGAUUGGGUUCUGCAUUGGGUGGUCAGGCAUUAGGAAUUCUAUUCGAUAGCCAUUGCAGAGCGGGUUAUUUUGGAAUGACAGCUUUCGUUACUGUGGCAGGAAUCUUAUGCAUUUUUAUACCGACUGGGCAGAAGAAGAAACAAGAAGUUUAAAAUGUUCUACAACACUAGUCCAAAAAGACUGUAAUGUUUUUAUUAAUUUCUGUAAAUUAUUUAUACAUUUUUUUGCAUUUAUUAUAAUUUUAUAAAAGAGUAUAUUUUAUUAUUACAUU